AUGUCAACAGGGUCGGCUGGGGAACUCUUUGCGUCGCCUGCAGCUGGCGGCGGAGCCUACUACUUUGCCAAAAAGUCUAUCAAUGCCGACCGUGCAUCCAGAUAUGAAGCAGAAUUGAAGAAGAAGGCGCAGCUUGCCGCGAUGGAAGCAGAACAUCGACGCCAAUCUACUCUCAAUGAGCCAACCACUGCCCCGUCAGAAAACCCCAGCUUGAAACGGGCGAACAUGGCUCGCUUCCAGAGUGCAGCGGAUGAUGUCGCUUCGCCUAGUGCAGAGGCAGGACAUGAUCCUGCACCGACUCGCCACGAGCCUGAGACAGAGGCUGAGCGGGUACUCGAGAAGGGGAAGUAUGAGGCUACUCAGCCGUUUCGACCUCCGAAGGGCAACCGACUCUAG